GUCAGUGUUCUUUACCACUGAAAUAUCUCUCCAGCCCAAGGGUAUCUCCUUUUAAUAUUUCAUUUGAGGCCAUUUUGUUAAACCAUCAGAUUUGUUGUAAAGCAUGUAAUUAUCUUUGUUUAGGGAAAUCAGAUUUAAGGAAUUAAUCAAAUAAAUGCCCGGUAGGUUAUUAAAUUGCAUAAAGGAAAACUUCUGGGCAGUCAGUUGGUCCCUCCUAUUCUUCCAGUGCUCUGAAGUAGAGUCUGCACACUGGCUCGCCUGCCACUCGCCUUUCCUCCACCAUGUUCUGAGAAACACUUUUACAUUUAAUGAGCUAUAUUUUGCGGCUCUGUGGAAAUGAGAAAAGUAAGGUUGUCUGACCCUUUUUGCUUCAUCAUCUAGUUCUUUACAGGGUGAACACUGUCCAGGCUCAACAUUUCUCUUAGCUUUUUAUGACUUGUGCUGUUUCCUGACUUUCCUACUGGGAUCCUUCCCUCCUCUGCAGCAUUUCACAUUUGACAUUGGCUUUGUGAUGUGUGGUUUGUGAGUCAAGCCCCCACACUGGCUUUCCCUCUGUCUGUUGUAGGCUCUUAGAUAACACCUUGGCAUUGCCAGCUCAGCAUUGUUGAAAACUUAAUGGAUUGUGGUUCCCAGCAUCACGUUAGUGCUUUGUAACUGCUUCUGUUGCCUCAGACUGAAAACUUCGUGUUGCUGAGGUCUCGGUCAUACAUAUGCUUUCUGCCUUAGAUGAACAGUCUUAGAUUCUUGAAGUGUUUUCAGCAGUUUCUUCUGAUGCUGAGAAGAACUAUUCACUGAGAAUGGUUAGUACUCAUAAUUUAUUAGAGUGCAAAGUUCUUGAAAUAUUUUAAUAAAUCUGAGAUGAAUUUUCAUAAGGAAAUAGUAUCUUGUACAUUGGGUGUCUGAUAGUUCAUGCUAGUUGAUAGUGUGAACACUGUGUGUUAGGGUAUACUCUUUUCACAGAGGAUAGUGAAGUGUAGCAUCGUGGUGGUCUCUGGUACAAUUCCAAUCUAUUCUUUUCUAACACCAUUACUUAAUUUCCUGUGUUCUUCACUCAACACAGUGAAUAACAGAAUUGUGCAUCUCUGUGUCCACCAUUCCCUUUUAUUUUCUUCAUGCAUGUAUUACAUUGCUCCUCUAUGGAAUCUCUCCCCUUUCCACAUUACCGUACUAUUUCCAUGGAAACCUUCAAGUUCAUUUCAGCUUGUUACCGUAAACAGAUAUCAAGGACCUGCAUUGCUAAUAGUGUAGAUAUGGAUAUUCCCAAUGUGUGCACUGUAUUUUAUCACCCUCAUUGGGGUACUUUCUACUUUGUACUAAUAGCUAAUUGGUUAAUGUGUCUUACCUGCAGUGUUAGAUUGUAGUUCUUUAGGGUCAGUUGUGUCUUAGUUUUGUCUUUUCCUGUGCUCUGCAUAGCAGGUAUUCACAGCUGCCUUUGACAAUCACUGUUUCUGUAGAGCAGGUUUUGAUAGGAUAUAGCAUGGUGACUCUCUGUGCCAUAUCAAGUCAGUGAGUUUCCUGGGACUGUGUGUUGUAUGCUGCCCCAACGUUCCAGAUUUCCAAGAUGAUUUUGUGGUAGAAAAGUCUUUUCAUGGUAUUUUGCAUAUCAUAUAAACGGACUGAAAUAAAUGCAAGCUUUAUUCAGAAAACCAAGUUGGAGUCUUUGGAAUAAGUUGGUCCAAGGUGAGUGGUUAAAAUGGUGCCUAUAGGUUAUACUGAGAAGUGCUCAAGUAUCUGAGCUCAGGAGAAGGAGGGGGGACAGUAGGCUCAGAGUCUGUGUACUGUGUGGAUUGCUUUACAGAAGCUUUCUACUGUCAGGAAGUGGGGGAAUUGUACAUGCAUUUGUAGAUAUGGCUGGCACAGCUUCAACAAAGAGACUGUCAUCAUCUCCAUUCUCCAAGGACUUGGUCUCAUGUUAAGGUUGACCAAUAAAUAUACAGCUUAUGUGUUAAAACAUUUAAGGUAUGUAGGGAUGGUUUGAUCAGAUGUGGUGACUGGGUAUGAAGAGACCUGUUUUAGUAUGUGCUUUGAUUCUGUUUUCUAAACGAGCAAACAAACAUACAAUUCCAAAUAAAGAGAUUAGUUGCUAUGGUAGAAUCAAUAAGACCUGGAAGGUUCUUUAGAGGCUGAUAGAACUUGUACUUCCAAGGAAGUUAAGCAUUUUAGACUCCCAGUUUCUCAUUUCUGAAUGAGGGUGAUCCUUACUGGAAGACUUUUGAAGGGGAAGUGAAUAUCCAGUGUGGCUCCAGAGUAGCUUCUGAAUGCAUUACCUCAUCUUCCAUUGAUUCUUACUGUUGCUACUUUACAAGGUAAACUUAAUAUGCUAUUAUAUCAACAUCCAACCCUGAAACACAGUUCUUGCUCAGUGCGAUUAGUGUGGUUGGUGCUGGUCACUCCAAUGAUCACUGCCCUUGUGAUCUGGGCUCACCACCCAUUUUCUCUCUUGCCUCCGUGUAGAAAUCAGGUUUUAUAGGAAAUUCGGUUUUCAGAGUGUUGGCACCAUGGGCCAAAUGAGGUGUGUCAAGAUCAGCUAGCGCUCUCGUUUUGUAACUUCCGAGUUAGUUAAUUGGAUUUAAGUGGCUGUUCCAAACCUCUCUGGGCAUUCAUAUGGACAAAGUUCACCUUGAUUAUUUGUCAGUGGUUUAUAAUGGACUAAUUACCUACUCAGUAAACACGAAACAUGUUCAGUUCAUUAAAAAAAAAAAUCACAAUUAAAAAAAGUCAACCCAAAACUCCCUGGCAUUUCCCAGUUUCAGAUUGCUGGAUUAUGUGAGGCCAUUUAGGCUGAAGUGUACAAGAGAGGUGAGGUGCACAUAGCUAAGGAGAGCCUGACUGUGUGAGAGUGAGGGACGGCGUGGACAGCUUACACUUUCUCAAUUGUUGGAUUAUGUUGAGCAUGCUUAACUUGGGUUUUUGUUUCUCCUUUGUCUUUUUCCCUCCCUGUCCAGGUAGUUUCCACUGUGUUACCAGACUGGCCUCUGAUCCAUGUCAUCCUCCUGCCUCGGCCUCCUGUGCACUGCUUGGACAGGGGUAAGCCACUGUGCCCUGCUCACCAGGUCUGCUUGAUUUCUCCCAUUUUAUUAAUUUCUUAGGGGUUAGAAAUAGCGCUUCCGGGCAGUGAUGCUUUGUCUGGGAAAUGAUGUGUUUGGCCAGGGUGUACUUAGGAAGAAAUGUAAUUGUUAACCUGUGAUUCUCAACAUUAGGAAAAACAGUGAGCUUAGUCAAGACUGGGGACUUAAGUUUUUAUUUAUGACUAGGCUCUGUGUUUCUGUAGAGUAGGGAUCAUGUUAGUACCUCAACUAAUCUUUGCUUUUUGUCUUUCUCCCUUUACUCCUACUCCAGAUACCUGACAUCAAAUUGCAAAUUUGAAACCUCAGAUCCAGGUUCUUGUGAACAUACCUUUCGACUUUGUUUCAGUUGACUUGUUUGGCUUUCCUUUGCCCUAAUCAUUUCUUCUGUGAUUACCGUGUCCUUGAUAAGGGAGUCUUUACUCAAUUUUUGAAUACUCAAGAGAUUGGCGUGUAGGGUUGGUACAAUAGGCUUCACUAGACUUAGCUGCAACUCAGAAUUUCUCCUCCAGCACCUGAGUAAAUGCUGAUGGUCUUGUGGAGAGUGGAUUAAGAGUACGAGCUAAGUUCUCAAUCCCAAUUGAGAAGCGGAGGAAAUUUAAACUGUCUCCUUCCAAGUUUAUCACAGCCACCACCAUCAAGACAGCAAACCAAAGGACAAAGACUUUGAACUGCUGUGUUGCUCUGUGUAGUCCAGUGCACGCAUGGUUUACAGACUUGGCUGGGGUUACUAAUAAGUAAAUAAAAAGCUGGACGCUUCUGUCAUUCGGACAUUUCAUUCACCAGUUACCAGCAUGAGGGCUGUACUGGAGGCAGCAGACAUUGCCGUAGUGGCCCUGUAUUUUAUCCUGGUCAUGUGCAUUGGUUUUUUUGCCAUGUGGAAAUCUAAUAGAAGCACUGUGAGUGGAUACUUCCUGGCCGGGCGCUCUAUGACCUGGGUGGCAAUUGGUGCCUCUCUGUUUGUGAGCAAUAUUGGGAGUGAACACUUCAUUGGGCUGGCAGGAUCUGGAGCAGCAAGUGGAUUUGCAGUGGGCGCAUGGGAAUUCAAUGCCUUACUGCUCUUGCAACUUCUGGGAUGGGUUUUCAUCCCUAUUUACAUCCGGUCAGGGGUAUAUACCAUGCCUGAAUACUUGUCCAAGAGGUUCGGUGGCCAUAGGAUUCAGGUCUAUUUUGCAGCCUUGUCUCUGCUUCUCUAUAUCUUCACCAAGCUCUCAGUGGAUCUGUAUUCAGGUGCCCUUUUUAUCCAGGAGUCCUUGGGGUGGAACCUUUAUGUGUCUGUCAUCCUGCUCAUUGGCAUGACUGCUCUGCUGACUGUCACCGGAGGCCUUGUUGCAGUGAUCUACACAGACACUCUGCAGGCUCUGCUCAUGAUCAUUGGGGCACUCACACUUAUGGUUAUUAGCUUGGUGAAGAUUGGAGGGUUUGAGGAAGUUAAGAGAAGGUACAUGUUGGCCUCACCUGAUGUUGCUUCCAUUUUAUUGAAGUACAACCUUUCCAACACAAAUUCUUGUAUGGUCCAUCCUAAGGCGAAUGCCCUAAAAAUGUUGAGAGAUCCAACAGAUGAAGAUGUUCCAUGGCCUGGAUUCAUUCUUGGGCAAACCCCAGCCUCGGUAUGGUACUGGUGUGCUGACCAAGUCAUCGUUCAGAGGGUUCUAGCAGCCAAAAACAUUGCUCAUGCCAAAGGCUCCACUCUAAUGGCUGGCUUCUUGAAGCUUCUACCAAUGUUUAUCAUAGUUGUACCAGGAAUGAUUUCCAGGAUAGUGUUUGCUGAUGAGAUAGCUUGCAUCAACCCAGAACACUGCAUGCAAGUGUGUGGAAGCAGAGCUGGCUGCUCCAAUAUUGCUUACCCACGCCUGGUGAUGACCUUGGUUCCUGUGGGCCUUCGGGGCCUGAUGAUGGCAGUGAUGAUUGCAGCUCUGAUGAGUGACUUGGACUCCAUCUUUAACAGCGCCAGCACCAUAUUCACCCUCGAUGUGUACAAACUGAUCCGCAAGAGUGCAAGCUCCCGGGAACUAAUGAUUGUGGGCAGGAUAUUUGUGGCUUUUAUGGUUGUCAUCAGCAUAGCAUGGGUGCCAAUUAUUGUGGAGAUGCAAGGAGGCCAAAUGUACCUUUACAUCCAGGAGGUGGCAGAUUAUCUGACCCCUCCCGUGGCGGCCCUCUUCCUUCUGGCAAUUUUUUGGAAACGCUGCAAUGAGCAAGGGGCUUUCUAUGGUGGAAUGGCAGGCUUUGUUCUUGGAGCUGUCCGUUUGAUACUGGCUUUUACCUAUCGUGCUCCUGAGUGUGACCAACCUGAUAACAGGCCAGGCUUCAUCAAAGACAUCCAUUAUAUGUAUGUGGCUACGGCAUUAUUUUGGAUCACAGGACUCAUUACUGUGAUUGUUAGUCUUCUCACACCACCUCCCACAAAGGAUCAGAUUCGUACCACUACCUUUUGGUCAAAGAAGACCCUGGUGACAAAGGAGAGCUGCUCUCAGAAAGAUGAACCAUACAAAAUGCAAGAGAAGAGUAUCCUGCAAUGCAGUGAGAAUAGCGAAGUCAUCAGCCAUACUAUUCCCAACGGGAAGUCUGAAGACAGCAUUAAGGGACUGCAACCUGAAGACGUUAAUCUGCUGGUGACAUGCAGAGAAGAGGGCAACCCAGUGGCUUCCAUGGGUCAUUCAGAGGCGGAAACACCAGUAGAUGCUUAUUCCAAUGGGCAAGCAGCUCUCAUGGGUGAGAGAGAAAGAGAGAAGGAAACGGAAAAUAGAAGCCGGUAUUGGAAGUUCAUAGACUGGUUUUGUGGCUUUAAGAGUAAAAGCCUUAGCAAGAGGAGCCUCAGAGACUUGAUGGAUGAGGAGGCUGUGUGUUUACAAAUGUUAGAAGAGACUCCACAAGUUAAAGUGAUACUAAACAUUGGACUUUUUGCUGUGUGUUCACUUGGAAUUUUCAUGUUUGUUUAUUUCUCCUUAUGAACUUAAGGAUAUGGUGAGACACUUAAGAGAAAAUACUGGUCUUUGAAAACAAAAAUGUAACUGUUGCACCUCUCAGGCAUUGUUUACGUUGAAGGUUUUAGCCAAAUUCUACUUAGCAGAAAAAAUCAUCUAUUUGUAAAACUGUUUUCCCAGAGAUGGGGGAAAAGUAAAUCUUCAACUUACAUGAAACAGAGCAGAGUGAAUUGUGCAAAGAUGUGGUUUGAAAGUUUUCUGUACCAAAGUAAGGAAAGACCAAUUAUUCUCCUCUAUCACUUAGGACAGAACAUGUGCUAAGGUAUCAUGAGUGAAGUGUCUUGUCUACAUUGCCAAGGCUUGGUAGACCCUGUGCUGAAGUAAAUUUGAUCAUUUAUAAAGGUUUUUGUCUCUAAUCCCUGCUGUAGUUAAAAAAUGAAUUUGUAGAGACUGUAUGAUUAGUUAGGUCCUGAAAGUCUAAUGUGUUGUGUAGUAAUGACUUGAGGACAACUUUCUGUGUGUGGUUGGUCAUUAGCAUGAGUCUAUGGAUUCUGCUUGCCAAGAGAAAGGAAGAGUGUUUUCCUGCAGGUCCUUUUGUACUGCUUGUAUGGAAAUGUUAGCAACCAAUGUGGAGCAGUCUUGGUUUCCAUCUCCUCCCUUUCUUUUUUUCCUACUUAAGCAGAAUCAUACUCCACUGACUACCAAGUUUGUCUAUAAUCUCGCUUUUAAUUAGGGGGGAAGUAAAUACUGCUGAUGAUCCCCACAUUUAUUGAUCAGAUAAGAAUAUUUUAAAAUAUAGUUUGAGAAUUGUCAGCUACCAUGCAAUGACUGAUAUUUAAUGCUAAUUAGAUGCUGAGUCAUUUUUGUUUUCCUGCUUUCUAGCUGCUUCCUUGUCAUUUUAUAACAUUCCUUAUUUGCCAAAUGCCUUCCCAAAUGGGUCCAGUUGUAGGACGAUCAGUAUCACGGAGGAGAGCGCACACCACUUGUGUGCUGCGGUUGGCACUUGCUUAGUUUGUGAAACAUUGUUAAGUUUUAGAGGAACAGUCUAAUUGUGAUAUUAUACUGCAUUCUUUAUAAGUUCUCUCCCUUGCUUCUGUCCCUUUUGAAGGCUUGCUGUGUAUAUACAUCUAUGCUGUUACAGUCAGUUAGCACAUGAGUAUGUUUCAUUACAAACUGGCUGUCAGUCAUAGAAUACUGACAGUCUUACUGUUGAUGAGAGUAGGUUUUCUGUAGGAUGGCCAGCAUGAACAGGUUGCCAUGAACUUUAUUUAGCAGUGUGCUUGUGGGGGAUUUCACACUUGUGGAGGACUCUUGAUAUUGACCUUAUCUUAGCUUGGCAUCCAGUUACAACAUCCAUGGGCAGCAGAUCUUUUUUUGUAGGCUGUUUCUCCUUAUUCAAGAUAGUGCAGAAGGAAUUGGAGAAAAAUCCUAGGGAUGAUGUGUGUAGUCCUGUCUUCAUCACUGCCUCUUCUCCAUUAGAGAUGAAGAAGGCGAAAUCUGUAUCUCCUUUCUUUAAGCCGAUAACUUUUUAAAUUGCAUGACUUUUAUUAGGCCUUAUACUUAAGGAGAAUUACUACUUUUAUAGAUCAAUUUAUAGCUUUUCAAUCAAACUCAGUCCAGAUAACCAAAACAAAACAAAACCUUUCCCCGUUUUAUUAUUAUUAUUAUUAUUAUUAUUAUUAUUAUUAUUUUGUAAUGCAUCACCUUGUUUGGAGAUGAUGGACUUCAUGAGUCCAGUGCUGUUAGGGACUGUCACUGUCACACACCUGUUAGGGACUGUCACACACUGUCUUCCGACUGUCACACACCGUCUUCCUGUCUUCUGGAGGUUUUCUGAGGGACUGUGUCUGUAAAUUGAAAAAGUCAUCUCUGUAUGAAUAGCAUGCAUUUCUGAAGAACUUAGAGUGCCUUGUACAAUUUUUCUCUUAUUUUCUAUUUUGAGAUUUAUAACAUGGAGCCAAGUAGAUAGGGGCCAUCCUUUUCUUGAAUGGAAAGUUGAGUCAGUUCUCCAAAUGUGGACUCAGAGUUUAUCGGUGUGUUUGGAUGGAUAUCUGUGCUUUGUGACUGUCUUUUCUUAAGUAAUUCUUUUUGAGAUAACCUUUCAGACUUUGAGAAAGUUACAGAAUCUUGGGUUGUCCAAAUUUGGAUUAGCAGUUCCUUUGAACACAUUCCUAUGCAAGUUAGCAGACAUUGAGACAUUGGCCAAGUGGGCUUCCUCAUCCUUGUAUGUAUAGCAUAAGUGAAUAGGAGGUAUUUAUGUGAAUUUCUCACUUUUUAUUUAGUGCUGAGUCCUAAUAAUUUGGAAUGCUAGAGUCCCCUUACCCCCUUUUUGUUGACUUAUAGUAAGAUACAUAAUGUAUACCAUAAUGUGUCUGUGUGUAAAUAGCUGUAGGUCAAGUGUAGAGAACUAAUGUUCAUAAAUAAGGAAUAACUUAGCAUAUGUAUUAGAUGUGUAUUCUUACCAGUGUGAACACUGCUUUAUUUAGUCUGACGUUUCUAAAGCUUGUCUUCCUUACUGCUUCCCAGUAAUAGAUACUGUGCUUGAAUACAUAUGUGAUGGCAGCCUCAUUUCAGGGGACCAGUCUUUAUUGGUCAUUACAGUGAUUGUUCCUGGAAUGAUACAUGAUUUUAGACUAGCAAAAUGUUCAUCCUUCACAUGCAUAUGAGUCCUAAAAGAUGGCAUGGAUCUGUAGACAUUUACACAUGUGUUUUUGUGUUUGUCCAAGCUAAGCUUUGGGUUUGACCAAGGUUACAUUGACUAAAAUAGUGGUUAAAAGUAAAUGCGAGGUAGGUGAGAAGUAGUUAUCCUCUGAGUGAUAGCCAAGCUUCUAGAUGCUUUGUCUUCCCAGGCAGUUCUUCAGUUAUUGCUUGGAUCCGGAAAGAAGGGCCUUUUUUUUUUUUUUUUCCUUUGUGCCUGUGGCCUGGACAAUGGUUGAUGGCUCUUCUGUGGGGUUUCAGGUUUCUCUUUCUCUCAGAAGAUUGUGUCCUGCCAUCCCAAGAAUAAACAACUGGGCUGAUCUCUCCUAGCUGUUCUUUCUAGGAAGUGAUUGCUUUUGUUUUUAGAGAAGCAUCAAGUAAUAGCACCUGCCUUUGACUCAAAUUCAGUGGCUCUGAUCUCAUUUCCAGGGCUUCCUUUUCACCAGCUCUAAGGAUCCAUUAUCUUGCACAAAGAGGCUGACCUGGGUAGUCUGUCCAUGACUCUUAGGGAUGUCACCGUAAGAAGUGAUCAGAGAUCCUUCACUUUGUGACACUUCCCAUUUAAGAAUUGAUCAGUGGAGUUAUGAGUUCUCUGAGUGAGGUUAAAAGCCUUGUCUAGGGUCGUUAUGAAUCCUUAAGUUUCUACAUCAGGAGUCUUUUCUUACUUCAGGUGCAUGAUCUUCUCAUCUCCAAAUAUCAUUUAGUGUAAUCUACAGAUGAGCCUUAUUUUCCACCAAAUAAAUAAGCUUUGUCAUUACUCAGUAAAGAAUUAGGUCUAAUUUGGCUGAUAAUGUCAUACUAAGAUAGCUUGCUCCCUCAUGCCUCACUCCCUUGCACAACUCCAUUUGGAGGUGUGAGUGGAAAGGGACCACAUAGGUUUCUAGUAGUAACACCUCACCAUUGUCUAGGUUUAUGUUGACAGAUUUGCACAAGACCAUUCCUGUUGAAUUAUGUGACUGUAGAGCCUUGUUUGUGCACAGAUGUUCUAAGAAGUAAUAAUAAAAGCAAAUUUUCAAGAUGUGACAAAUCCCUGUGUGAUCCAGAUGUGAGCAGAUGGUGAUCUUUAGCAGCAGGGGCUGGAGAGAUGGCUCAUUGGUUAAGAGUACUGCUCUUCCCAAGGACCUGGGUUCAGUUCCCAGCACCCACAUGGCAGUUCAUAACUGUAAUUCUAGUUUCAGAGGAUCUGACACCCUCGCACAGACAUCCAUGGAGGCAGAAACCACUGUAUAUAAAAUGAAACAAAACAAACUGUAAAGGUAUACUACAGUCACAUUCUUUAAAUCCCAGAACUUGAAGCAUCUGGGCUGUCAGCUGGCAUAAGACCCUCUCCAGGGAAUAAGGUCCAGCCUGCUAACUUCUAGUUUAAUGUUAAGCAGGAGAAAGAGAUCUGUUAACACCAUAGAGGCUAAAGUGACUGAUACCUAGUAUUGAUAGUUUAGUAAAAUGAAACUUUUAGGCUUAAUUCUGUAGGCUUGCUCAUCUCCUAAGCAGAGUUUCCAAGCUCUGUUCUGGUUCUCUUGUCUCCAUUGUUCCGUAGCCUGUUCUUUAUUUCAGUAUUUUCUGAUCUCUUGCUUAGCGCUUGGUUUAUCUCACAUACUGUCUUGAUGUACCAAAGUCUUCCUUUACCCCAUGAUUGAGGACUUAUAACCAAAUAAUGAGUUAAACUUUUAAACCUAUUAAACCUAUAGUAGCUUAAAAUGUUAUUGAGAAUAUGUGUUUCCAGAAUUUUCAUUGAUUUUUUUCUCAGAUUUACAUUGGUUAAUAGUAAAAGCACUAGUGUUUUGGUCAGGAAACAGUCAAUGGUGAGUUUUCACAGAAGUCCCUUUGAGAUGAUGGUGUCACAUGAUGCAGAAAGAGCGAUUUUUUUUUUUUUUUUUUUUUUUUUUUGCCAUGAGGGUAAAGGUUUGAUUUAGUUGCUAUAAAGAGAAACACUUGUGCCGUUAAGGUACAAGGCUGGUGUAUAAGCUGUGAUGGACUGAGACCCUUCUCAUGAAGACCAUCUUUUGAUGUCUUGCACACUGUAGCUGCUCAGCUAGCUGCUUUGACUCCUAGGAGUGACAUGAGCAGAGGUUCUAUGUAAGAGCGUCACUAGUGCCAAGUCCCACACUUAGUCAUGGGUUUCAGUUAAAGUUCUCACUCUCCUGUGCUGGCAUAAGGCUUACUGAUCUUGUAACAAUGUUGUGAAAUUGAUCAUUCAUGUUUCUGUCUCCACUCCUUUAUAAAAGGUAAGGUUUAGUUUGAAUGUAAGCCACUCACUUUUCUGGCAACCAGCAGCCCUUGGCCUGUAGCCUUUUUCUCAGAAACAAAGAGAAGAUAUGCCAUGUGUCUUUACUCUUUUAUGGUGCGUUCUGCAUGUGCUGCAGACAGUCUGCUUCCUCUGUGUGUAGCGCAGUGGUGUUCUGUGCCAGGAACAGAGCUUUGCGCUGGCACUCCCCCCACCCCCCACCCUUGUUUCACGCCCAGCAGUGUGUGUCUAGGGAAAUGCUAGUGAUUUUCCUGACAACACAAGUUGACAGUGUACCCACAGCGUAAAUAGAUGAAUUCACCCUGCUUUCCUAGUGCUGCUAGAUAUAUAAAUUUAUAUAUAAAUAACACAUACAUUUAAUGUUCAAUUUAUUAAUAUAGCCUAGGCUUCUGAAAAUAGAAGCCUAUUAGUAACUUUUGUGUGUAUGUGUAUGCGGGUGCGUGCGUAAAUUGGAGAUGAAUCAGGCUCAUUGAACUCUUUAAAUGGCAGAUGCUAGUAUACAAUGUUCUCUGAAGCAUAAUCAAGUUUUGUGAUUUGUGUUUGGUUGGUGCCUUCUGCUUACCAGUGUUGAUGCGCUAGUGCGCACUUGUCCCUUUCUUAGUAGUAAGCUUUCCCUGUUUUUAGACUUGUAACUAGUGAGGGGACAAGUACAAAGUGCACAUUUAUAUACUUUUAUGCAGUCUUUUGGUUCAAGAAAACAAGGCAGUUGAGUAUCUGUAUUAAUGUUAUUUAUUCAUCUUUAUUUGCUUUUAUUUUAAUUAAAAUUUAAAGUGACAUUAUAAAUUUGUGUCUUAACUUCAAUACAGGUUUGUUAAGGGCAUCUGAAGAACAAUAGUUCCUAUUUCCAUGUGUGAGGAAAGGCUAGAGGUCCAUUGAAAGCACAAAACUGUGUCCACGAGUGUGUGUUUCCACUUGUGAAAAGCACAAAACUUAAUAGCAUUCUUACUAACCCACAAGUGCCAGUCAUAAACCCACCCAGGCUUUGUCCAAAGUUGUUAGGAAGACCACAGCCCAGAAAGCCUAGGUGGUGAGCCCACUGUCACAGCCCAGUCCUCAGUGAGAUCCUCUGUCUAUAUGGCUUUGAUGGAGAGAGCAACUGGUUGUAUUUGGGGGGUUGCAAGGGAAAAUGAGGCCUGGACACAGAUCUCAAGCUGAAACAGAGACACUCAGGGCUCUGGUGGGCAGAGCAGGUGGCAGCUUUGUAAGUUGUAGUACUUUGAACAGUUAUAAAAAAUCUCAUCUGGAAGAAAUAAUCCUUGUCACCAGUACUCUAAAGACAUGAAAAUAUUCACAUUAAAUAGUGCAAGUAUCAUAUUGAUUUAUAUAGUUUAUAUGAGAUAUUACCUUUGUUUUCUAUGUGCCUGACUAUACUUUUUAGUAGAAAGUUGGAUCUCUGUGUUCUGAACAUCAAACUAUUUCUGGAUAGAUUCAGCAUGACACUGCUUUUCACAGUGGCACUAAAGCUUUUAAUCUGUUCUGUUAACUCCUAGACUAGAUGACUGGAAAACUGUAGGUGUGCACACAGACAUGAAGAUGGCAUUUCUUCCCACUCAGCAUUGCCUUCCUCCUUGUUUUCCUUACCUCCAGAUAGUCCCAUGUUUACCAGGAGUGAGAAUGAGCCCUGUUGGCUUCUGUCUACAUUUUAAGAUACAGCCCUCAGAAAAGAGAGUGCCCCUUUUGUUUGGAUACUUUUCUUAGGGAGAGGCUUGGUAACCUCUAGCAAAGAUCUUAGAGGGCAUAGACCAGUGUUGGAGAGAGAGAGAGAGAGAGAGAGAGAGAGAGAGAGAGAGAGAGAGAGAGAGAGAGAGAGAGACAGAGACAGAGACAGAGAGAGACAGAGAGACAGAGACAGAGACAGAGAUAACAAGGUCUUGGUAUAUGAUACUUCUUAGAAGAGUUCACAUGAACACUGGUGAAAAGAUUUUCCCCUCCAGCAACAAGCUAGGCAUGUGUGCCCAUAACAGAAUUUUACAGUAGGUAACCUGGAGGUUGCAGUGGGGGUGGGAGCUGAGGGGAGGAGUGUGUGAGGAGUGUCCUUGGCUUAGCAAUGUGUGACAGUGUAGAGCAGUAACCUUCCAGGCCUAAAGACUGUGUGUUCUGUACCUUUAAGAGUUUAUUACAACUUUAUGAAAUACUUGUGAAAAUUUCUUUGGCAGAAAUGUUUUUCAUGGAAAACUGUUUUAGUUAGACUAAGUGAAAUGUAGUUAUAGCAGUGUAAAUAUGUAUAGUUUCCUAAUUUCACUGUGAGAUCUCAGACUUGAGUGGCCAACAGAUCACUGGGUCUUUUGCUGAUGGACUUGUCUGUGGGGGUAGUAAGAUGUAAAAGCUUUAUUUUUGUUUAAUAGCGACCAACUAUGGUGGUGUCUGAGAUGGUAUGGAGCCAUUACUCCACUGCCCUUGUCCGUUUUGCUUCAGUCUGUGAGGGCCUUCGAAGUUCAGACCCAGCAGGGCUUCCUGUCCCUUGCUCGGCUGCCUUUCUUUGUCUAGAAAGGCUGCUAAUCACCACAUGGACGCUUAGGCUUUUCUGCUUUGCUUUGUUGUUUUGUUCUUUUCCUUUUUUGACAAGAUGGAUAUCAAAAAAUAGUUGCUGUGCAAAAGUUAGUAGUCUUCUUCAAGAAGAAAACAAUUCCUUUUCUAAUACUAUCCUGUGAAGUUGCUUCACCCAUUCCUUUAUUUUAAAGCCAAAUGUCAGCAGAAUACUGCUGUUUUUAUCUAAAUAAUUUUUAUAUGUAAGUAUUAAUGCAUUUAAAAAGAUGUCUGCGUUGAGAAAUACUUCACCAGUGUACUGCCUGUGAAAACUUUGCUCAGAUUUCUGACUAAGACACCGGUCAGUAUACUGGGGCUGCACAUUAUAUACACGUAUUAUUUUAGUCAGGUAUUGUUGCAGACCAAGUCUAGUUAUAAUAGAGUAGACUAAUACUUGUUUGUUAUCAGUUAAUUUUUAAUUAUUUCCAGUUUACUCCCUGUUGUCCUCAUACUCUUUUCGUUUUUAAAUUCCACUAAUCCGGUCCAUUUCAUUGUAUAAGGCUUCAGUUUCAAAGAAAAUAUAAUUUGAUAUAAGCCAGGUUACUUCCAUCUUGAAAGGAAAACAAUUAAAACUGUAGAUUUAAAAUGGUUAAUUAUCUGUGACAAUUUUAGCCUAUUCUGUAUACAACUGAUUUUUAAAACUGUAGACUGUGUUAAGUGUUGCUGUUUAAAAAUGGGGGAAAAAACCUGAAGCAAAUCUGCUUAAAGAGCUGUUGGAUUUCAUUGCUGACUACAAACACUAUGUUCUUUGUGUACUCGUGUUAUUUUGCAAGCUGCUGCGUUAGCCUGCAGAAGUAUUUGAAAAUUUAAGAUGAAUAUAUUUCUUGCAAAGUCCGUUCCUUUCUGUGGUAUUUUGUCCUGUAACUGAAGUGUAGUAAUUAUUUUAUGGAAAUGUUAGAACUUCUGUACCAACUUUGAAUAAAAUGAAAACUUUACACUUCUGUGCCUCAGUGUGAAUAUCCGUCCCAAACUCAGUGUUCUGUGUCUCAGUUGAACAAGUCAUACUCUACUAAAGUUUUUACAGACUUGACUCUCGAGUGCUUUCAGAACCUCCCCCCAUGCUGGUAUCGAUAUAUUAACCAUUGUUAACGAUGACACAGACAGUGGGUAAGGUUAUGUAAAACAUGGAAUAGGAAUAUUCUUGGAUUUUCCCUUAUGACUGGAGUUUGGAGAAGACACGGGUGUGUGGGCAUGUCUUCCCUCCUGGAGCUGCUCCUGACACCGUGGCUUGCAGGUGCACAACUUCUUGCUCACGUGACCCUUUAGUUCUUGGUGCCUUUUUAUGACAAGGACAAUCAAUCAUAAUUAGUGUAAAAAGCCAGAAAGUAACAUUGAGUUGUUUUAGUCCAAAGGCUUGAGGUGUUGCUGGUUAGCAGCAUUAAAGAGAAGUCUUUGUCCUGGAGCUCACUUUGUAGACCAGGCUGGCCUGGAACUCAGAAAU